GUUUACUGAUUAUAAUCCAUGCUCCAGUUCAAGGAUGUGACGUUUCCCGCGGCAGAUUUCCGAUAAGCAGGACUCGGAAAAAACAUUUUAAAAAUCACAGUUUUGCAACAUGAUUUCUAACGGAGAGGUCGUGGUUUUUGCUAUUUCCAUGUUAUUCGGAGUGUGUGCAGAAAAUUUUCAUUGUGGAACUCAACAGCCGUUCUGUUUCUGGACCCGGAAUAUUCCCUCAAAUUGGAUUACUGCAUACACUGAUUGCACACAAAGGGGAGGAUCGCUCGUCUCUUCCGAGCAUUCUGCUUACAUUGAAGAAUGGAUGUCUUCCAUGAAUAUUAGCUUCGCUAGCGGUCGAGUAUGGUCUAGUCUGCGUCGAAUCAACCAGCGUUUUCAAUUUCUUCAUCACCAACCGGAAUUCCAACUGAUAUCACCAUCUGAAUGGGUACCAGGACAUCCGUUACUUCAGUGGUCUGCCAAACGGGACUGCGUUGUUGUUAAUCAAGCGGAUGCUGUACGAAUCUGUAGAUUGCAACGACUCCUUUCCCUUUGAUAUGUGCCAUCAAUAUAAAUAGGAAGAACGAGCUCAGCAAUCUCGAUCUUCCACAAGGGGUUAUCCGAGUUGAAAGUGGAGGCAGACCCGUUAGACUUUCAACAGAGCAUCGUAGCAAAUCACUUAGAAGUUUAUCGAAAUGAAACAAAUUUGAUGCUCAGAUGUAAGGUUACGUAUGAUGGGACUAGGAAGUUGGAGUAUUCGUGGAUUAAGGAUGGCAUUUUCUUGGGAAAUAACAAUUCGAUCUUGAUUCCUGCUUUAGUUCAUGACAAGAGCAAGGGCAUAUCGGAUGGCGGCGAAUACGCUAUUUACCAGAAACAAGGGACUUAUCAAUGUCAGGUCAAAGAGUUUGGCGCUGUGGAAGUAACGACAUCGAAUGCCAUAAUUGUUACAUAUCACAGAGUGCUGAACGGGAUCGUUUCAAUAUCCCUAUCCAAUUUGACAAAAAAUUCCGUGAACACUGACGCAAUUAUGGGAAGAGUACGAGAUUUCAUCCACGAGAACGUUCUUGGAGAUAAUUUAAAACUUAACGACGUCGAAACCUCAUGGGACCCAUUAUAUUCUCUACCUCUCAGAUCAGGUGGAAUAGAAUAUCGGUAUUCGUUGUACGUUGACAUUGCUAGAAAAUACCCGGACACAACCUUGUACCACUGCUUAGACGUUAUCAGUGAAAAAGUCGGUAGCAGUUUACAGCUACGUAGUCUUUUGCAAGUUGAGAAGAUUAGCGUCCAAUGGGCAACUUACUGCGCUCGAGAAAACGUUAUAGUUUCCGCUUCUAACUCUCCAAAAGAGUUUCAAUCAUUUUGGCCGUCCUCUUGGCCCACUUCAGUUCUCAAUCCAACCAGCGGAAAUAUCUUAUGUGUUUACGAAGACAACCGUGCCGAACUGUUAACCCGACAAUGUUUACCAGAUUUUUCACUAGGUGCAUCCUUAACACCGGUGAAUGCUGAGAAAUGCGCUCGGCUCAUCACAGAACCCGAGAAUCGUUGUAGACAUGGUUAUCAGUGGAUGGAGACUAAGCAACUGUGCUUCAAAGUCACAGAAAGCGGAUCUUGGAAUGAAACUAUGGCUGCCUGCAUGAACGAAUGGCCUUUAAAUGACACAGAACCUAUUGAUUACACUACCCACCAUUCUCUAGUUGCUCACUACCUGCAGACCGAAAAAAAAUUCAAAGAGAUAUGGCUUCCUGUUCGUCGAUCUUCCGUUUACGGCCCUUUCCUUUAUUAUUCGUCAAUUAACAGUGCCCCUGAAAGCAUAACCUGGACGGCCGAAAUCGAAACCUGGAGAGGUUCGAUAGAAGAAGACGAAUGCGUAAUACUGACUCAGAAUUCUGGGAACAAAGUAUCAUCCUGUUCCCAAAAAGCGAUACCGGGUGCCUGUGCUUAUCGACCUAGACUUACCGCCUCACCGGAUGCAUCCAUUAACUUGUGCUCACCCCCUUGGAAUGGCUACGUAAUUGAGCAAGGUCGACUAACUUGCUUUCGCCUCGUUCAAAGCGAGACACCCAUGGAUUGGACACAGGCGAACCAGAGAUGUCAUCUUGAGAACCGUGGAAUAACAGCUAAUGUUUCCAUGGCCACGUUUGAGAAUGCUGGAAAAGUUCAUGCGUGGAAUGUCGCCCGAUCGAGCAAACAUUUUUCCGAACUAGAAUCGGCCUGGAUCGGUUUGUUUUGGUCAGAAACUAAACAAAAAUUUUGUUGGGUGAACUUCGAGAUCGACUGCUUGUUUGAACACUUCAAUUGGCAUCCGUCGACUAAUUGGACAGCUGGUCACUACGGCAUAAUGGGGGAAUUCUGGGAUUUAUUACCCUACAACUCAGGAUUUCGUUAUCAAGUUCUUUGUCAGGCUGUGAUCUACUUGGACGCAACCCAGAAUAUCAGAGUACGUUCUGAUAGAAAUGACGUAAUUCGAGUCGAAUCAAACCAGGAAAUGUACCAGAAUCUGGCUCCACAAUCCUUUGACAACUUGUCAGAAUUCUUUUCUCUGGGCUGGAGACCGUGGAUUUCUGACAGUUUACCGGCAAUAAAUGUAGGAAUCGACAUCAGGUGUUAUCUAGACGGAGAAAAGAUUAAGACUAUCAGUCUCUUUCCUGCUGAAUUUAACCUUCGUCCAAGUUUCAAAAAAGCAAAUACUUUUAAUUGCGAAGGUUGGGUUGGUUGGCCACGUCGAUUCGUUCGAUCUGAGCCCAUCAUUGUCCUACGUCCCCCAAACUCUAACAUAUACGUGAUGCUGCUAGACAGCAACCAAGUUCAAACUGAAAAUCAAAACAAUUCGAUAAAUUUCUUACCUGACCCUCUAGCAGACAUCAGUAGGCGUUUAGAAAGGUUGGGCGCCAAAGGAGCCACCGUACUAGUUACAGGUCAUCGUCGAUGGAGCUAUAACCAGAAAACUCGAAUUCUAGUACGAAUGGUAAUCACUAACAUUUCAUCAAGUCCACAUCGAAGCUGGCCAGAACUUGUGAAGAAUGAAUUCCUUUAUCAACCAACGGAAGAAGGCUAUCACUAUGAAGUACUUUAUAUUCGAGAUUCGGACGCUUGUCAGGAAGAAACUUUAACGGCGUUUGGAACUUCGGAGCUGCUCAAUAUAACAUGGGUCACAAUACCCGUUGGUUUCACGACAGAAUCCUUAAACCCUUGUGAAGCUGUGGAUGGCUAUCCCAUUUUACGAAGAUGUUUAGGCACUCAUAACACUGGAGCCUUCUGGGAACCUUUUACUAACCAAUCAUUGCAGUUCAACAACGUUACUUGCAGAGAAGCAACGAAUGUACUGACAAAACUACGUCGACUGACAGACGACGUGUUUACCAACAAUACUAACCCGUCUGAAGCUUUGGUUACAUUGGCUGAAAUUGCCGGGACCCAAUGGACAGAAGAAGCCAACAAUACCAGUAAUAAUAUUCCUACCGGAGUGGAAUUCGGCCAGGCCGCUCGCCUUCUUCAUGCUAGUGUACAGCGUAUUCAACAGCCUUCGAUGCGAGAAUUUCAAGAUAUUUCACAAACAUUAACUGCUAUGUUAACUUCACCGAAUCAACUUGAGCAAGCGCAGUCUUUACCAGGAGUAUCAAACAAUCUGAUGGAAAGCCUGGAACGGGUAAUGAGCCACGUUAUCGUACCAAAAGAACAAGAUAGCGUGAUAUUCCAUCAUCCGAAAAUGGCAACUGAAUCUAUCAGGAAUCCACGGAAUGUAGUGGGGUAUGGCGCCAAUCUGGGGGGAAAAGACAACUUGGAAAUUCAAAACGGGUCACGAAUUCUGCAGAACAACGCUCAAAGCGAUUUAGCGGAAGAACUUGUGGAUAGGGAUAUCGCCAUUAUUCUGCCUGUGGAUGAAAUUAGCAGAAGAGCAGGACUCAGCAACGCCACUAGUUUAAGGCUUUCUUUCAGCGUUUUUCCCAAUGCUGACAUCUUUGAUGCUCGACCUGUUACUUCUCUUUCGAAUAGUGAUGCAUCUAUGCCAUUUGUCGUGGAUAGCCCAAUUAUCGUAGCACAAGUGGGUAAUUCCAUCAUUUCCAAUUUGAACCAAAGUGUUCGUAUUUUUUUCCGCUCGCGAUCUCGGCACAAUCUAGCGGUCCAACCUGUGUGUGUCUUUUGGGACAAGUUCUCGUCCAUAUCGGGAGGUUGGUCUUCGUUCGGAUGUCAGUACGUUGGUAGGAGCCAGGAUCUAUAUAUUUGCGAGUGCAAUCAUCUAACUCCACUAGCUUUAUUAUUUCCUUACUUUGAUCAAGAACAAACGAUGGAUUACCGUCAUCGGCUUGUCCUUAGUCUCAUUUCCGUAAUAGGCUGCGUUACCUCGAUGAUUGGUCUUUCCCUCGUGAUACUGACAUUUUUGCUGUUUAGACAAUGGCGAAAAUCUCUAGGUAACAAAAUUCUUUUUAAUUUCUCAUUGGCUCUAUUUUGCGUUACGGGAUGUUUCCUUUGCGCUGGUUUGGUAAAAUUUGAUUCCAGAAUGUGCAAAACUACCGCAGCAUCUAUGCACUAUUUCCUUUUGGCUUCUUUUGCAUGGAUGGUGGUGGAAGGAAUUUAUCAGUACCUAAAUUACGUGGUAAUUAUUGGCGCUCAAAAUUACAAAUCAUGUUUCAUGCGGAGGGCAAGUCCGCUUGCUUGGGGGCUUCCCAUAUUACCUGUUCUGGGGAUUUUCAUAUACGACCCCAAUCAGUAUGCAGUUGGCGACAAUUUUUGUUGGAUAAAGCUCGAAACAUUUUACAUAGCUGUCUUGGCUCCAAUAUCUAUUAUUCUCUUGUUCAAUAUUAUGAUUUUCAUUAGUAUCCUCAAGAGUGUAGUUUGCUUACGUAUUCGGUCAAAGUUGAGAACUUCGCAAUCAGUGACGACGCGCUCGUGGUACGAGUUUCGUAUGGCUGUUUGCAUUUUUUUCCUGUUAGGUCUGGCCUGGGUAUUUGGAUUUGUAUCAAUUGGAGACGCUCGGCUCGUCUUUGCCUAUCUCUUUUGCAUCUUUAACUCUAUGCAAGGGUUUGCGAUUUUUGUCUUCUUUGUUUUCCGGGAGAGGAACGCACGUACAUUAUGGUUUGAGUUCACUCGUGUGUUUGGGGAACAGAAAUUAAACUCCACCAGUAAAACUCCGCAGUUGAGUGGUUCUUCAGACUAUGUACUGAAACCUGCUUCAAAAUACUAAUAUUAAUCAUUUCAAUAUUUUUCCAACACUUAUCCCCUAUAUUGUCUUUUUUUACAAGCUUAUAAUUUCCAUAUGUGGGUACCACAAUAAAUAUAUAGAUGCCUGUUA